CAUGUUGAUUGCAGGUCUGUUAAGUUCUACAAGGAUCUGCCUGCUGGUUUGGCUGUCGCUCUUAAGCCUUGAGGUGCAUGGCAAUGUGCUGGGCUUUACCAAUGUAGAUGUCCUUUAUCAAAGUGCCAACUAUACUGGUGUUCGCGGCGUUUUUCAAUUGAUGCAAGGAAAAAGCAAAAUCAACAAUGGACUUUUCAAUUUCCUGUAUUUCGCAACCGAUGAAACGAAGGGUGUUAUCGGAUUGAUAAGCUAUGCCAACAGCAGCAAAUAUCAGGUUCAGUUUUCUAUUUGGAAUGCAGUUGGUGCUGAGCCAAAUCGUCAAGAUAAAUUUGUCUGCAAUGCGUUUGGUGACGACGCCAACGACCAAGGGUAUCAGUGUUAUAAAGAAAAUUUCCACUUGACCCAGAACGGCAAGUACCAUCUGGAUGUGGAAUUGGAAAACUCAAAUUUCGUCGGCUAUCUAUCGUAUAGACAUUAUGAAAACAAGCGACGUUCCACUAAUCGUACCAGAAUUGGCACAAUCAAGUGGUCGGGAGAUCUGCAUAAUAUAGUACCUCUUGCAUACCGUACACAAAACUAUGUUGACCGACAGUCCUGUUUGCUUGCCAACGAACUGGUGGCCGUCAACUGGGCUCCAAUACAAUAUAAAGGAAUUAUGGCAGAAGAUACGAGAUUUGAUGACAAUCCUCAGCUAGUAUAUUCAAACUGUACGUCACAGAAUAUUGUUAUUGCUGUCUCAGCUCGACGCGAUAUUGUCGUAUAUUUUUCACGCCCAACGAGACAUCUUUAAAUUGGUGUCGUAUUAAGAUGUCUAAUUUAGUAAAACGAGCAUUCAGUUUAGUGCAACUGAAUAAUAAUACUAAUAAAAAACACGUAUCUAGAACUCCCAA